GUAUACAUACACUGAUUACUGAUAGAGAUAUACUUGGCUUCUCAAUCAUCCAAAUGAUGGCUCUCUACAGUGCUUUGCAGCUAUCCAUGGAGUUCGGAGUUAGACGCAGCAAACGAUUUCGGCCAGAUUAUCCUUGUAAUAAAAAUCUUUCGAAGAGAAUUCGAAGAAAAGUAUGCACCACCACCCACUGCAGAAAUCAUCAGUUCAAAUGCCACUGUUUUCUGAACAGAUGCCCUAAUUUGGACGCUGCAUUCGUAAAGAAUGCAACUUUAAAUUUAACAAGAUCGUUUGAUCGUUUGCAAGGAAAUCCACUCGCGAUAAAAUUGGCUUCGGCGUUGGGUAUUGUUAUUUUUGCAGUAUGGGGACUUUGUCCACUUGUGAGACAAAGUCGAAACGUAUUUCUGAGGACGAGUGAUAGCAGUUGGAAAAAGAGCAGCACGUAUCAUGUUACAGUCUCUUAUAUCCAGCCAUUAAUGCUGUGGACGGGAGCUAUAUUUAUCUGCAGAGCAUUGGAUCCGAUGAUUCUUCCCUCGGAAUCUGCUCAAAUUGUUAAACAACGGCUCCUAAAUUUUGUCAGAUCGUUGUCAACGGUGUUGGCCUUUGCGUAUUGCUUGUCAAGUGUAAUUCAACAAGCACAAAAUUUCUUCAUGGAGAGAAACGAACAAACCGACACCAGAAAUAUGGGUUUCCAGUUUACAGUCAGAGCUUUGUAUACAGCAGUAUGGGUUGCAGCUGUAUCAUUGUUUAUGGAGUUGUUAGGUUUCUCAACCCAAAAAUGGUUAACAGCAGGUGGGCUCGGGACAGUUUUGCUCACUCUUGCCGGUCGUGAGAUUCUCACGAAGUUUCUGUCGAGUGUAAUGAUUCAUACAACCCGGCCAUUUGUCUUGAACGAAUGGAUUCAAACCAAGAUUCAAGGCUAUGAAGUUUCGGGAACGGUUGAGCAUAUGGGGUGGUGGUCACCGACAAUUAUUAGAGGUGACGACCGAGAAGCAAUCCACAUCCCGAACCACAAGUUCAGUGUGAACGUUGUGAGAAAUCUCAGUCAAAAAACUCACUGGCGUAUUAAAACACACCUGGCAAUCAGUCACUUGGAUGUCGGCAAAAUUAACAACAUUGUAGCCGAUAUGCGCAAGGUUCUGGCAAAGAAUCAUCAAGUAGAACAACAGAAACUGCAUAGAAGAGUAUUCUUGGAUAAUAUCGAUCCUGAAAAUCAGGCCCUCUUGAUAAUGGUGUCCUGCUUCGUGAAGACAUCGCGUUUUGAAGAGUAUAUGUGCGUUAAGGAAGCAAUUCUCCACGAUCUUUUGAGAGUAAUUACACACCACCGUGCUCGUUUGGCCACUCCAAUACGUACAAUACAGAAGACAUACAGGGACGCUGACGUGGACACUGUACCGUUUCCAGAUUCCAUAUUCAGCUGGGGAGCUGCUGCUGCUUCUUCUUCAAACCGCGCACUAUUGAUCGAGCCUUCCUAUAAAAUCGAAGAUGAAGAAGAAGAAGAACAAGACAAGACUAAAUCUCAUGCUCGACCAAAAAGUGAUGAGUCAGCGACUGAAAGUAAAGCGGAGAAUAAUACUGCUGCUGCUAGUAAAUCAUCUGGUGGUGAAAAGACCGACGAACAAAAUAACGGUCAAGUCGAUAUCAAAAGUUCGAAAUCUCCAUCGAAAUCGGCGAGUCAUAAUACUAAUGGCAAGAAUUCAGCUAUUAGUUCUCUCGAAGAGAAUAUUGUACUCGGGGUUGCUUUGGAUGGCUCAAAGAGAUCUUUGCCCAUUGACGAAGAAUCAGAUAAUACGAUUCCCACAUCGAAUAAUAAUAACAUUCCGGAAGAAGUUAAGGAACAAGGUGAUAAUAAUAUUAAGCGAUCAAACGUCUCUGCUUCUUAGGAUGCUCUGAGUUAAUCGGGAUGUAAAAACAUUGUAAAUAUUAAUCCAUAUAUAUAUAUGUAUAUUUCUUGUCAAGAUUCUUUGUUUAUGCA